AUGCAAAUAACAAGCCAACGGCACAGCCUUUCAUUCUCACUUUAUCUCUCUCUCUCAUUGUCCCUCUUUCUUUCUUUCUUACUGUCUUUCUUUCUCACUCCCCUUCUUUCUUUCUUUCUUUCUUUCUUUCUUUCUUUCUUUCUGUUUUUUUUUUCUUCUGUAACCCCUCUUUAUUUAUUUCUGACUCCUCAUUUUUCUUUCUUUCUUUCUUCCCCAUUCCUUUCUUUCUUUCUUUCUUUCUUUCUUUCUUUCUUUCUUUCUUUCUUAAUCUCCUCUUUAUUUCUCACCCCUCUUUAUUUAAUUCUUAUUUCCAAUUUUUCUUUCUUUCUUUUUUCUUUCUUUAUUUCUCACCCCUCUUUAUUUAAUUCUUAUUUCCAAUUUUUCUUUCUUUCUUUCUUUCUUUCUUUCUUUCUUUCUUUCUUUCUUUCUUUCUUUUUCUUUCUUUCUUUCUCACUCCAACUCUUUAUUUCUCACUCCCACUCUAUCACUGUUUCUCAGCCGUCUUUGUUCAUUUUUAGUCCCACUCUUUUUCUUUCUUUUUUUCGUUCUUUCUUUCUUUCCUUUCUACUGCUCCGAAAAGCCGUAUUCUUCAUACAACCCCCCACACACAUUGUUUCCCUUUUUCUAACCACUUAUUUUUUUUAUCUUUCUUCAUUGCUCUUUUUCCCACUCACAUCUUUUCGCACUUUCGUUCUUUUUCUAUCAUCUUUCUCCUAUCGUCUCCCUUCUAUCUUUUACUCUCUCUCUCUUUGUCUCUUUUCUAUCGUCCUUGUUAUAUCGCCUCUCUUUAUUCGUCCCCCUUCUAUCGUCUCUUUUCUAUCAUCCCCCUUCUAUCGUCCCUCUUCUAUAUUCUAUCUUCUCACUUCUAUCGUCUCUCUUCUAUAA